AUGGCUGAAGGUAUCAAGAAAGUUAGCAAACAAGAAACCACCGUAAAGAAGGUAUCCACUUCUGAUUCUGAAACUGGGCCUCUUGAUUACACUCCUUUAAAAGAGAUCUCAUUCGGUGUCCAGAGACUCAGAGACUCUUUUGUUAAAGAAAACAAGUUAAGCAGUGUCCAAUUCCGGUUGAAUCAGUUGAGAAACUUAUACUUUGCCAUUAAAGAUAAUGGAGAAGCUAUCAGCAGAGCUUUGGAAAAGGACUUUUAUCGUUCCCCCACUGAAACAAAGGAUAUGGAAUUGAACGUUUCUUUGGCAGAAUUGGUUCAUACUAUGGCUAACUUACACAAGUGGGUAAAGAAGGAACCAGUGAAAGAUGUUCCAUUUAGUUUGAAGAAUUCUCCUGUUUAUGUUGAAAGAAUUCCUCUUGGAGUGGUUCUUAUCAUUACGCCUUUCAAUUACCCCUUGUUCCUUUCACUUUCUGGUAUUAUUGGUGCUCUUGCAGCUGGUAAUUCUGUUGUGAUGAAAACUUCUGAACUGACACCACAUUUCUCCCAAUUAUUUACUGAGAUUAUCACAUCUGCUUUAGAUCCUGACAUUUACUAUGCCGUCAAUGGUGCUGUUCCAGAAACCACAGAACUUUUGAAUCAAAAGUUUGACAAAAUUAUGUACACUGGAAACAACAUGGUAGGAACUAUUAUUGCAAAGAAAGCAGCUGAAACAUUGACUCCAGUUAUCUUGGAAUUAGGUGGGAAAUCACCAGGUAUCAUUUUGGAUGAUGUCAAGGACAAAGACUUGCCAACAAUUGCCAGAAGAAUUGCCUGGGGUAGAUUCACCAAUGCGGGUCAAACUUGUGUGGCUGUUGAUUAUGUUUUAGUUCCAGAGAAACUAAGAGAGAAAUUUGUGAAGGAACUUACCAGAGUUGUUGAUGAGGAAUUCUUCGUUGGUCUUAACAAGGAUAAUAAAUCAUAUACUCAUAUUAUUCAUGAAAGAGCUUUCAAGAGUCUUUACAAAAUGUUGGAAACAACAAGCGGUACUAUUGUUACUGGUGGAUAUAAGAAUGCUGAUGCUGCUACUAGAUACAUUCCUCCACUGAUUGUUGAUGGUGCUACAUGGGAAGAUUCCACAAUGAAAGGUGAAAUCUUUGGCCCUAUCCUUCCAAUUGUCAGCUAUGCAAACUUGGAUAGGGCACUUUCGGAGGUUAUAACCCGUCAUGAUACACCUUUAGCACAGUACAUUUUUACUAGUGGUUCAACUGCUCCUGAAAAGAAUGCUUUAGUUGCUAAAAUCGCUAGAACCAUUAGAUCUGGUGGGCUAAUGAUCAAUGAUACUAUUUUACAUGUUGGUUUGGCAAAUGCCCCAUUUGGUGGAAUUGGAGAAUCUGGAUAUGGUGCUUAUCAUGGAUGGUUUUCAUUCCGUAACUUUACUCACGAAAGGACUACAAUUGAACAGCCUUUAUGGAAGGAUAUCACACUUAAAUCAAGAUACCCUCCUUACUCCGAUUCCAAGAGUAAUUUGGCAGAAGCUGCUCUGUUAGACUACGGUGGAAAAGUAUGGUUUGGCCGUAAAGGUAAUGUAGAAAUGAAUGGUCCAAGCACUUUCUUCUCAGUUUGGACAACCAUGGUUGGUGUUGCCACUAUUGGGUAUUUGUUUGUUACAUCAUAA